CAAAUAUAACAUUAAUUAAAUACUUCUAUUAAUUAAAAAGGAUAUCUCCUAUUUUCUAGAAAUAAUCAUCUUAUUAAUAUUUACAUUUAUUAGAAUUAAGAGAUCAUGAACUUAAAUCGCUCCAAUAUUGUUUAGAAUCUGCCCAUCAUACUUGAUAAAAUUAGAUAAUCCCAUUUUAUUGCUUUAGAUUUUGAAAUGACAGGUCUAAAUAGAUCUGAAAUUCUCAGAAACAAUGGUUUUGAUACAAUUCAAUAAAGAUACUGGAAGACAAAAGAAAGUGUAUCUGUUUUUUAACCAAUUUAACUUGGUUUAUGCCCUUUUAGAAUCCAUUCUUCUAAAAAAAUAGAAGCAAGUCCGUUCAAUGUGUACUUAACUUAAUAUACAGAGAAUGGAAGAUCUGAUAAAUUAUUUUUGUAUAGCGCUUCUACCUUUAAUUUUUUAUCACAACACAAUAUGGAUUUUAAUGAAGUUUUCAAAAAUGGCGUUUAUUAUUUCUCAAGAUAAUAAGAGGAAUAAUUUGACUCUUUUAAAAGCCUCUAAGGAGUGAGAAAUGAUAUCAGAUAAUAAAUUAUAUAGUCAUAGAGUUUCCAUUUCAAAGAAUUUAUGAGUUUAAAUGAAAAAACUAUUGAACUUUUUAUGGAAAACAAAAGAAGAAAGAAACUAGAAUUUAGUCUCACGGAGCCAAGAUAUGCAACUUUUUAUAAAGAAUUGGAACAGUUUUUUCAAAAAAAAUUCCCUCAACAACCAGUGCAUAUAGUUUACGAUGUAGAGAAACAUUAUCAAAGAAGAAAAAUUAAUAUUUAAAAAAUAACUGAAAAAAAUGAUAUUGAUGAUACUCAAAACUAAAAUUCUGCAAAAAAUACUUAAUAAAGUCAGUAUAGUUUUGAAGAAUAUGAAAUUAUGAAUUAUAACUUCAGAAGUAUCAUAGAUGAGAUCAUUAACUUAAAAAUUCCCAUUAUUGUCCAUAAUGGUUUUAUUGACAUUUUGCAUCUUUAUGACAAGUUUUUGUAUAACCUUCCUGAAGGUUCUUAAGAAUUUAAGAAAGAAAUUAACAAGCAUUUUCCUGUCAUUUUUGAUUCUAAGUUAAUUAUAAAUUCUUCUUAAAAGUUAAGCUAAGAAGUUAACUUUUAAUCUGACUUAAGAAACUGCUAUGAGAAGAUGCUUAAAUAUAAAGACAUUGACUCAUAAAUUUUCAUUAGUACUGAUAUUAAUGAGCCAUAAGAAAAAGAAGAUAUAGAUAAUAUCCAACAAAACACUUUAUUUAGUAAUUAUCAGAUAAAUGGAUUAAAGGAAAAUAAUAAAAUGCAUGAAGCUGGUUAUGAUGCAAUGAUGACUGGAUACAUAUUUUUUAAAUCUUUACAAAUUCUAAACAUCCUUUAAUCCUAUGGCACACCUAGCUUUGAUUCAUAAACUGAUUACUUUUAAAAUAGACUUUAACUUGCUAAUUUAUAGGCAUCAUAUGAUAUAAAAGACUUAGAUCUCUCAGAUUCAAAAUCUGUUGAUGUCUUUUACAUAAAAUAACUUAAUUCAGUAAGUGCAGAAAAUAAAGUAUUGUAGGACUUCUUUAAUUAAUAGCUUGGAAGCUGUAAAGUUUAUACAAUUGGCAAUAACUUGGAAUAAGAAUAUUUUGUAACAUCAAAUGAUAAAAGUAAAUUUAAAUACUUUGAAUAAAAGCUUAACCAAGAAUAUAACGGAGUUGAUAUCUUCUAUCAAGAAGGAAAAUAUUUUUAAAUUAAAACUUAUUAGAAGUAUGUUGAUGAUCUUUAAAAAAUUGUUAAAGAGGAUAAAUUCACCAAACUUAAAAACAUGGAUGCAGUUCUCGACAAACUUAACUAAGACUGA